AUGAUCCAGGCACAACCCCACGGUCGUUACGCGCCGCUCGACGCGGAGCAGCCUAUCCACCGGCAAGUUCUCCACCCACAGGCUCCAACGCUCAUCAAGGUUGUGGGUACUCGGCCGCAGGACGUGGCGAGACAGCUUGCGAGGCAGCCGAUGGAUGAGGCGACGCAGGUAGGGGCGGCAGAGUCUCUGCUGGGAGUGACGGCGCUACAGGCUGCAGUGGCGGCAGGGGUGCCGCCGGAGGGAGCGCAGGCGGAUCAGGUUCGACCGGAGCUGGCAGAGACAGAGGCUGCUGCGGCACCGACGACGCUGGAGGAUUCGGCAGAGGCGGGGGAGGCUGAGACGAUCGCUGCUGCUGCCUCUGUGCCAUGCCACGGGGUCCGGGACGCGGCGGACGACUUGACUGGCGUCGCGUCCGUCGAAACUCUUGCUGCUGCCGAGGCCGGAGAAUCGGCGGAGCACGCCCGGGAGGAGGGUGUGGAGGCAAAUGAGGAAGCAAGCGUGGGCAAACAGUUUAUACCCUCCCGUUCCCAAUCGCCUCAGGAUGAUGCCUCAGAGAAGGUGGAAGUCGAUCGGCCUGAAGACAUCCGCAGUAUGGGUGGUGGAGAGGACAGCCGUCGCCAAGCGGAAUCCAACAAUGUGGGAGCAGGCUUAGCGGGAAGUGCCCCGGUGGCACCCAGCAAAAGAUCACCUGCUGACCGGGCUAGCGAUGACAACAUCUGGCACCUGGCGAGUGGUUGGGACAUUACGUCGCUUCAACGCAGAGCCUACAUCGCGUCGGUGACGGCAGCGCAGCAGCUGCUGCGGCAGAUGAACCUGCCUGAGACUUACUUACAAAGCCGUGCCGUAACUAGGCUAUCUCACAACUGGACCCCGCCACCACCAGCGAUGAACAGGCUGACCUCUCUUGAAGAGGACCUUCCAGCUGACGCCAAGGUGGCGCUCCAAGCGUUCAGAGAAGGGCCGCCAGGGCAAGGGAACCUACAGCUGCUGCUAUCUAAGCACAUCAACGAAAGACGAGCAGCGGAGUUGCUGGCAGACACGAUCAUCGAUCGGCCGGGGGAGGAUUGUGGACAUGGGUUCUCGCUGGCACUCGGCUUCCGCCUCGGCCUCGCCCUUCCAGUGACUGGGAAGUGCCCUUGCAAGCGGGAGAACGGGGACAUUGAUGACACCAGCCUACCGAAUCAUCUGCUGCGCUGCGGGGAGGGAGGAGAUGUGGUUAGAACACACAACAGCCUCGUCUAUGCGGCCCUGAGAAUGGCGAGGGAGGCGGGAUUCAACACUUUCCAUGAGACUUCUGUGUUCUCUCCGCCUGUCAUCCGAAAGCGGGCGGACUUGGCGUUCCAGGACAGAGAAUCGGCAGAGACAUGGUCCACUGACGUGACGGUGACUAACCCGGUACUCCAGAAGAGAGACAAGAGAGCUAGGAAGCCGCCAGGUUGGGCGGCCAAGGAAGCUUCUGAGAAGAAACACAGAUUGUAUGAGGGGCGGCCUGAUUACGUGGGGUUCUUUGGGUUGGCAGUUGAGACGUACGGAGCGUUGGCUACGGACACGGUUCAGUUCCUGCGGCUCCUGGCAACAGCGGCAGCAAAGAAGAAAUUCCGCCAGGGCCCUCUUACCACAACCGCCAGCCGCCUAACUGCUCACUACAGGCAGCGCUGGUCCGUCAUGCUGCAACGCUCCCAGGCAACAUCUUUCAUGAACAAAUCAAAUAUGGCUGCGGAGGCGGCAUACCCCCAGGCCCUUGCAGACCCCUGGGAGCCGAGCCUGGGGGACUUAUGGCAGGUGCUGGACGACGACCUAGGAGGGGUGUAG